UCAAUCGGCAUCAAAAAAGCACACGACAGCUUGCUUAAUUUAAGUCCAUUUCACCCCUAGGACCACGCCUCCUCACGCAAAGAACGCCCAAGGCAUACCUCAUCCCGAAAACCCGCACAGAAGAAGUCCCAAAGUCGAUGAUGAGCUGAGACGCCAGCAUCGCAUUGGGCAAUAAUUUACACAACCGACUUCCCCACACAGGGAUCGAGCAGAUGUCCUGCCUUCUUCCUCGGCAACAAUGGGCCUCGUCCUCGCCGUGUGGAGGGUCGUUGUCGACGUAGCCAGCUUCUGGCGCAAGAAACUUCUUUCUUGGUAUUCGAGCCGCAACCCCGUCGACCUAUGGCUGCAUCUCCUGCGCGAGGCCACCACCUACGAAGAGUGGGAGGAGGCGUCUCUCCAUCUCGACAACCUCCUCGGCCUCGACCUAUGGCGCAACAACCCAACAUCAAAGUACUAUGACUGGAGGCUCCUCACGUCUCGCCUGCACUCCCUGAUCGAAGCGCGAGAGGAGGGUGACUUUACGACACUGGUCAACCUCCUUCGAUCGGGUCUCGUCCGGAACCUGGGCAACAUCACCAGCCCCAAACUGUACAACCGCGCUCUUUCGGGUACCAAAUACCUCAUCGAGGAGUACAUCACGCAGGUCGCCGAAUCGAUCGAGGAGAUAUCGACGCUGCCCACAAGCCACAUUAAUGGCUACCCCACUGGGGACACGGUCCUCACCAACCAGAUGAAACUGGAUUUCAUACACGAUACCCGACAAGCAUUCGGCCGGAGCACGCUCGUCCUGCAGAGCGGCGCCAUGUUUGGCCUCUGCCAUCUCGGCGUCGUCAAAGCUCUGUUCUUGAGAGGGCUGCUGCCGCGCAUCAUCACCGGCACGGCGACAGGCGCCCUGGUGGCCGCGCUGGUGGCCAUUCAUACCACGGAGGAGAUGCCAGCUGUGCUCAAGGGAGAAGGGAUCGAUUUGUCUGCCUUUGCGUCAGUGCUGAGCGCCGCCGGAGCUGCUGAGCGAAAGGGCCUGCGGUCGAGGUGGGAUACACUCACGAGGAGGGUCAGACGCUUCGUCCGUGAGGGAUACUUCUUCGACGUCAAGGUCUUGGAGGACUGCGUCCGAGCCAACGUUGGCAACUUGACCUUUGAGGAAGCAUACAAUCGCAGCAAGAGGGUGCUCAACAUCACGGUGGCCACGGGGAGUCACGGCGGUGUGCCUACGCUGCUCAACUACCUGACAGCACCCAACGUCCUCAUCUGGACGGCGGCCGUUGCCUCGAAUGCAUCAUCGCCAACUCUCUAUGGCGCGGGCAAGACGACCCUCCUGUGCAAGGACCUUGACGGAAACAUUGUGCCAUGGGCUCCCGCGAACAUGGCCGACUUCCACCACUGGACGCACAUCUCCUACAACGACCGUGACUCGCCUCUGCGACGCAUCGCCGAGCUGUUCAACGUGAACCACUUCAUCGUGAGUCAAGCGAGACCGUACCUCAUUCCGUUCCUCCAAUCAGACAUGCAUGGCCCUGCGGUUCUCGAAUCGAAAAGCUGGACCACCCAGCUGUCCGCCCUCAUGAUCCGCGUGGUGGGCCUGGAGAUUCGGCAUCGUCUGCGUCAGCUCGAUACGCUGCGUCUACUUCCCGCGAGUAUCCGGCGUUUCUUGGUCGACGAGCAAAUCCCCGCCGCGUCCAUGACCUUGGCGCCCGAAGUGACGGCAUCCGAUUUCAUCCGUCUCCUCGAGACACCGACCCGCGAGACGGUCAACUACUGGAUACUCAGGGGGGAGAGGAGUGUGUGGCCGGCCGUGGCGGCGCUACGGAUACGCUGCGCCGUUGAGAAUGAGUUGGACCGGUCGUAUCAGGUCGUGCGCAAGCUCAAGGCGGGUGGGCUCAGGCGCAAAGGCAGUAUGCCCGGGACUAUUGAGCCUGCCCAGUGAACAAAUCAAAACUGUAGGAUUGUUCUUUUAUCUCUUGCGUGUUCAUAUUGGGUCCGGCCAGAACGACUCAUAAUCUCGGUGGAAUUGUUGUCGGAUGCAUUAUACAUCCAUGAUUCUUCUGUCAUCUAUAGUGCAUGCUGGCCCACGACAUCCGGCCAUCAGUGUCAUCUGACGAUACUAGGAAGGUUUGGUGGCGGCGCUUAACCCUCAGAGUCUUGGGGCUUGUCCAG